AUGUCGUUUCCUGACAGGCCGGUCGCUCACCUGCUGGGCUCGAAUGGACCCGUUCACGCCGUCACGUACUCUGCCUCUCCAGGCACCUAUAUCCUCACCGGCUCAGCAGACCGCAACAUCAGACUCUACAACCCGGCAUCCCACGACCAGCCCGCGCGCUACGGGACAACCAUCACCAGCAAGAGACCGCCAGGGACUACCCCGAUAGUUCCAGAAGGCCGCCUCAUUCAGACCUACGCCGCCCACGGCUACGAAGUCCUUGACCUAUCCGUUUCAUCGGACAACGAGCGCUUUGCCUCUGCCGGUGGUGACCGCGCCGUCUUCCUCUGGGAUGUCGCGACGGCCACAACGACGCGCCGCUUCGGCGGCAACGCGCACGGCCACACGGCGCGCAUCAACUGCGUCUCCUUCGCCGGCGAGGCCGACUCGCUCAUCGUUUCGGCCGGCUUCGACACGAGCGUGCGCGUGUGGGACGCCAAGUCCAGCUCGGCCAAGCCCGUGCAGGUUCUCGACGAGGCCAAGGACGCCGUCACGGCGCUCGCGGUGCGGGACGUGGAGAUCGUGGCGGGCAGCGUGGACGGCAGGGUGAGGAGCUAUGACGUGCGCAUGGGGCGGUGCGUGACGGAUGUCAUCGGCGCGAGCGUGACGAGCCUGAGGCUCACGCGCGAUGGGAAGGCCAUGUUGGUCAGCUCGCUGGACAGCAAGAUCCGGUUGAUGGAUAGGGAGAGCGGGACGUGCCUUAAGACGUAUGCAGAUGGCGGGUGGAGGAACGAGGAGCUGCGGGUGCAGGCCGUGCUCGGCGGUAAGGAGAAGUACGUCAUUGCUGGCGACGAGCUGACUGCCGGCACGGGGCCGGCGGGGCUGAACGGCGAUGGUAAGAUGUGGGCGUGGGAUCUGCUAACGGGUAGGCUGGUUGCCACCGUGAGGGUGCCCUGUCCAGAGGGAUUCGAGCCGAAGAAGAUGCUGGGAAAAGACGGCAAGGCAAAGGAGAGGAGUAACGUAAUCAGCUGCAUAACUUGGAGGGACGACGGAUGGGGGGAUCAGUUCUGCAUCGGAGGCACGUUGGGAGUAGCGACCGUCUUUGGCUCGCUAUAG